UGCUUAUAUUUCAAACUUACCCCUGCAGAGGAUCGGCGCAACGGUUAUCCAUUCGUUUGAAGUUAUUUGCAAAACAACGCAAAAAAGUUGUGUUGUGCGUACGAUUCGAUUCGGAAGAGAAAAACCAUUUUCACCAGGAGUUACUAGCAGUAGAGGGAAAAUGGAGGAUAAAGGAAAUGCUGGAAACACCUCUGUGGAGUCUGGGAGCGGGAACGCCAGCCCAGCAAAGACGCGGAAAUCGAAAUCAGCGAAAGCAUCGAGGAGCAAGUCCUCUCAUCCACCAACGUCCGAGAUGGUGAUGGCUGCCAUUAAGGAGUUGAAAGAUCGCAAAGGAUCCUCUCUUCAAGCGAUCAAAAAGUAUAUCGCGUCGACGUACCCAGUGAACGGAGAGAAGUUGGCGCCUUUCAUCAAGCGAUAUUUGAAGUCCGCUGUCACAUCUGGCGCUGUGGUGCAGACCAAGGGUAAAGGUGCCUCCGGUUCGUUUAAACUGUCCAUGACGAAGGGUACCGAGUCGAAGAGC